CGGCCUCCCAAAGUGCUAGGAUUACAAGUGUAAGCCACCACACCUGGCCAAAGGGCAUGGUUUCUGAUAGGCAAGGAUGUCGAACCCCAGACACCGCUGCCUUGUAGAGGGAGUGGGCUCCCUGUCUGGAACUGGACUCCCAUGGUUGGAGGUGGAUUUAAAAUCAGAUGUGAGUUGGUUGCUCCCUAAGGUAAAAGUCUGAGACCCCUGAGCAGGGAAGGGCUUGCUGGGCUCUGGUGUGGGCACGGGGGCUCUGGGAAGCCCAGCUGGUGAACCUCAGGGCACAGCAGCAGCCUGUAUAGCACAGGCCCACUAAUGAACACUGAUCACCAGAACAAGCAAUGGCUUUGCCGAGCUCAGUUUCUAAAGUCCCUCUUACCCAAGGGCCAGGCACUGUGCAUCAGGGGAAGGCAGGAGGAGGGAAGGCAGGGAUAGAGUCCCGCCCUCCAGAAGCUCACAUCCGCGCCUGGAAGGCAAGUUUCCCGCAUCCCUGGGAUCAGAAGGGCCAGUGUGGGUUCCUGCAUUACAUCAAAUAAAGCUCAGGUUCAGCCCUGAGUCAGCAGGCGCUGAUAUCUCUGUGGGAUGGUGGAGAGCAACAGAACCCUCUUCCUGCCAGAAGGGCCAUUUGGAAAGAAUGGGGAGGAACUCAGGCUAGCAGCGUGCUCAGCCCCUAAUCCUUUCCUGUGGGCUUGGGAAUUUGAAUGACAGCCUCCUCCAGGAUUUCAAGCCCUGUUUACUCUGAGACUUCACCCUUGCUAUUUCCUCUGUGGGGAUCACACUUCUCCCCACCCCCAUCCCCUUCCUGAGCCUGCCACCCUCUGCUCAGCUGACUUUUCCCUGCCCUUCAGAUCACCAUGGAAAGGUUAUUUUCUUCAGAAUCUCCCCCUACUCCCAAAUACUCUUGGGCUAAAUUUGGUUUCCCAUGGUAGAGACCAGCUCAGCCUGUGCUUCCCUUUGUAACCCUCAGAUUUUGGAGGGGAUUUAGUUAUCUGGCCGUGUUCCCCGUGAACUGUAAUGUCUCCUGCCUCAGGGCUCAGGACAGUGCUGGCACAUACUGGGUGUUCAAUAAAUUUAAGUUAAAAGAUGAAAUGAAUAAUGUCUUUUUAAAAAAGCUGUUGAAUGACUGUCUUAGCUGAUAGGGUCAAAGCCCAAGACCCUUGUAGGGUAUUGGAAGGACAGAGACCCUCACAGUUUCAGGUGCCUAAACCUCCAUCAGGGACUGUGGCCUGAGAACUGCUUUCUACCUUCUUCUGCCUCUCGCCCCUCCCUUCAGGCUGGGGCAUGGGUCCUGCUCCUGGGGAGGGAGAAUGAGGAGGAGCCCUCCUCCCUGGCCCAGACCUUGCCUUGCUCACCCUCAACCUCACUCCAGGAGGAGCAGAAGGCAGGCGGGGCUCCUCUUGCCUACCCGUGGGUCUGGUUUGUGUUUAAAGAGCUAAUUUCCGCCUUGUGGGGGAGGAGAAGGGCCGGAGAAUGUCGUCCCAGCCAGCAGGGAACCAGACCUCCCCCGGGGCCACAGAGGACUACUCCUACGGCAGCUGGUACAUCGAUGAGCCCCAGGGCGGCGAGGAGCUCCAGCCAGAGGGGGAAGUGCCCUCCUGCCACACCAGCGUACCACCCGGCCUGUACCACGCCUGCCUGGCCUCGCUGUCAAUCCUUGUGCUGCUGCUCCUGGCCGUGCUGGUGAGGCGCCGCCAGCUCUGGCCUGACUGUGUGCGCGGCAGGCCCGGCCUGCCCAGCCCUGUGGAUUUCUUGGCUGGGGACAGGCCCCAGACAGUGCCUGCUGCUGUCUUCAUGGUCCUCUUCAGCUCCCUGUGUUUGCUGCUCCCCGAAGAGGACCCAUUGCCCUUCCUGACUCUCACCUCAGCACCCAGCCAAGGGGCCUGGAAGAUGCUGGGACUGUUCUAUUACGCUGCCCUCUACUACCCGCUGGCCGCCUGUGCCACAGCUGGCCACAGAGCUGCACUCUUGCUCGGCAGCACGCUGUCCUGGGCCCACCUUGGUGUCCAGGUCUGGCAGAGGGCAGAGUGUCCCCAGGUACCCAAGAUCUACAAGUACUAUUCCCUGCUGGCCUCCCUGCCUCUCUUGCUGGGCCUCGGAUUCCUGAGCCUUUGGUACCCUGUGCAGCUGGUGAGAAGCUUCAGUCGUAGGACAGGAGCAGGCUCCAAGGGGCUGCAGAGCAGCUACUCUGAGGAAUAUCUGAGGAACCUCCUUUGCAGGAAGAAGCUGGGAAGCAGCUCCCACACCUCCAAGCAUGGCUUCCUGUCCUGGGCCCGGGUCUGCUUGAGACACUGCAUCUACACUCCACAGCCAGGAUUCCGUCUUCCGCUGAAGCUGGUGCUUUCAGCCACACUGACAGGGACGGCCAUUUACCAGGUGGCCCUGCUGCUGCUGGUGGGCGUGGUACCCACCAUCCAGAAGGUGAGGGCGGGGGUCACCACGGAUGUCUCCUAUAUGCUGGCCGGCUUUGGGAUCGUGCUCUCAGAGGACAAACAGGAGGUGGUGGAGCUGGUGAAGCACCAUCUGUGGGCUCUGGAAGUGUGCUACAUCUCGGCCUUGGUCUUAUCCUGCUUACUCACCUUCCUGGUCCUGAUGCGCUCACUGGUGACACACAGGACCAACCUUCGAGCUCUGUACCGAGGAGCUGCCCUGGACUUGAGUCCCUUGCAUCGGAGUCCCCACCCCUCCCGCCAAGCCAUAUUCUGUUGGAUGAGCUUCAGUGCCUACCAGACAGCCUUUAUCUGCCUUGGGCUCCUGGUGCAGCAAAUCAUCUUCUUCCUGGGAACCACGGCCCUGGCCUUCCUGGUGCUCAUGCCUGUGCUCCAUGGCAGGAACCUCCUGCUCUUCCGUUCCCUGGAGUCCUCGUGGCCCUUCUGGCUGACUUUGGCCCUGGCUGUGACCCUGCAGAACAUAGCAGCCCAUUGGGUCUUCCUGGAGACUCAUGAUGGACACCCACAGCUGACCAACCGGCGAGUGCUCUAUGCAGCCACCUUUCUUCUCUUUCCCCUCAAUGUGCUGGUGGGUGCCAUGGUGGCCACCUGGCGAGUGCUCCUCUCUGCCCUCUACAAUGCCAUCCACCUUGGCCAGAUGGACCUCAGCCUGCUGCCACCGAGAGCCGCCACUCUCGACCCCGGCUACUACACGUACCGAAACUUCUUGAAGAUUGAGGUCAGCCAGUCGCAUCCAGCCAUGACAGCCUUCUGCUUCCUGCUCCUGCAAGCGCGGAGCCUCCUACCCAGGACCAUGGUGGCCCCCAAGGACAGCCUCAGACCAGGGGAGGAAGACGAAGGGAUGCAGCUGUUACAGACAAAGGACUCCAUGGCCAAGGGAGCAAGGCCCAGGGCCAGCCGCUGCAGGGUUCGCUGGGGUCUGGCCUACACGCUGCUGCACAACCCAACCCUGCAGGUCUUCCGCAAGACGGCCCUGUUGGGUGCCAAUGGUGCCCAGUCCUGAGGGCAGGGAAGGCCAGCCCACCUGCCCAUCUGUGUUGAGGCACGUUCCUGCCUACCAUCCUCCUCCCUCCCCGGCUCUCCCAGCAUCACCCCAGCCAUGCAGCCGGCAGGUCCUCUGGAUCACCAUGGUUGGGUGGAGGUCUGUGUGCACUGGGAGCCUCAGGAGAGCUCUGCUCCGCCCACCUGGCCAUGGGAGAGCCAGCAGGGGUUUUGAAGAAAGAAACUGGCGGGUUAGGGCCUUGGUCCAGGAGCCAGUUGAGCCAGGGCGGCCACAUCCAGGCCUCUCCCUACCCUGGCUCUGCCACCAGCCUUGAAGGGCCUCGAUGAAGCCUUCUCUGGAACCACUCCAGUUUAGCUCCACCUCAGCCUUGGCCUUCAUGCUGUGGAAGCAGCCGAGGCACUUCCUCACCCCUCAGCUCUACAGACCUCUCUGGGGAGUGGCUGGAAGGCUCCCAGGCUUCACGACUCAGACCAGGUCCCACACCGAGCUGCCCACACUUGAGAGCCAGAUAUUUUUGUAGUUUUUAUGCCUUUGGCUAUUAUGAAAGAGGUUAGUGUGUUCCCUGCAAUAAACUUGUUCCUGAGAAACUGUC